AUGCGUCGCUGCGUUCCCCUCUCCUUCGCCUUCACGUUAUUUCUCUCUGGUGCAAAUACCCUGACUGUUGUCGAUCUCAAGCGGGCGCGCAAUGGUUCCAUCAAGGACAUAGUCGACGCCGACCAUGCGCGCGCAGCCUUCCUGGGUAGCGUUGGCAGUGAGCGCCCUACUACCAUAUCUACUACGCAGUACGCAUACGAGGCGUACCUCGCCUCGGUGGGCGUUGGCAAUCCUCCCACGUACUACAAUCUCAUCGUUGACACUGGGAGCUCGAACACGUGGGUAGGCGCUAAUGUGCCAUACGUGAAGACAAGCACGAGUAUCCCGACCGGUGAAGCAGUCAACGUCACCUACGGAUCCGGAAAUUUUACUGGCUACGAAUAUUACGAUGAGGUGACAAUUGCCUCCGGUCUUGUUAUCAAGAACCAAUCAAUUGCAGAUGCGACUGAAUAUGCAGGAUUUUACGGUGUGGAUGGCAUUAUUGGAUUUGGACCUACCGACUUGACUCUAACAUCGCUUACCGAUUAUCCGGACAAGACUAUACCGACGGUCAUGAACAAUGCUUACGCACAAGGAAUUAUACCAGAGCAGGUUCUUGGUGUCUCAUUUGCCCCUCCGAGUUCUAAUGAUUCAACAAAUGGAAAGCUUACUCUUGGAGGCAUUGACGACUCGCUCUAUAUCGGUCCUUUGUUAUGGACGCCGGUGACACAGACGGCCUUUGCUAGUCAUUACUGGGGUGUGAACAUCUCGGUGAUGUACGGGUUCGAGGCGUUCACACCUGCCAGUCUCGCUGGAAUCGUCGACACAGGCACCACAUUGAUAUAUUUCUGGGAUUCCUGGUAUGAGCUAUAUACCCAGUCGAUCCCAGGAAGCUUUUACGACGCGACCUAUACCGGAUUGACUGCCAUCCCCGAAUCGGAAGUACCGUUCAUGCAACCCAUCACGGUUCUUGUGAGUGGGCAGCCGUUACUGUUCGAUGCUGCUGCGCAGCUGGUCCCACCGGACGAGGUAGAAGGUGGCCAGGCUGGAUACCGGUAUAGCUUUAUCCUUCCAUUGGGUGACGUUCCCAUUCCCGGAUUCCAAUUCGUUUUGGGCUUGAAGUUUAUGGAGCGCUUCUAUGCAGUAUUCGACACGGACCAUAGCCGUGUUGGGUUCGGAUAUACCGAACAUACAUUCAGCCAGACUGGUCUAUGA